CUUUAGGGUCCAGCGUCCCCGGUUGCACGUGUAGUUGUUGUGGUUCAACCUCACGUGGCCGCGGCUGUGCCCGCGCUCUACGUCCGCCUUCAAGAUGGCGGCGCUCACUGAAUGGGGCUGCGACCUGCUGAACCUCGACUGAUAGCCUGGACUGAUAGCCGUGGAGGUGUCUGCGGGGCCAUGGACCGGCCGGGGUUCACUGCUUCGCUGGUGGCUGGUGGGGUAGCAGGUGUCGCUGUUGACUUGAUAUUAUUUCCUCUGGAUACCAUUAAAACCAGGCUUCAGAGUCCACAAGGAUUUAAUAAGGCUGGUGGUUUUCAUGGAAUCUAUGCUGGCGUUCCUUCUGCUGCUAUUGGAUCCUUUCCUAAUGCUGCUGCUUUUUUUAUCACCUAUGAAUAUAUGAAAUGGUUUUUGCACACCGAUUCGUCUUCAUAUUUAAUGCCUGUGAAGCAUAUGUUGGCUGCCUCUGCUGGAGAAGUGGUUGCCUGCCUGAUACGAGUUCCUUCUGAAGUUGUUAAGCAGAGGGCACAGGUAUCUGCUUCUUCAAGAACGUUUCACAUUUUCUCUAACAUCUUAUAUACAGAGGGCGUCCAAGGAUUAUAUCGAGGCUACAAAAGCACAGUUUUAAGAGAGAUUCCUUUCUCAUUGGUCCAGUUUCCCUUGUGGGAGUCCUUAAAAGCCCUGUGGUCCUGGAGGCAGGAUCAUGUGGUGGAUUGUUGGCAGUCAGCAGUCUGUGGAGCUUUUGCAGGUGGAUUUGCAGCUGCGGUCACCACGCCUCUGGAUGUGGCAAAAACAAGAAUCAUGUUGGCCAAGGCUGGUUCCAGCACCGCUAGUGGGAACGUACUGUCUGCGCUGCACGGGGUCUGGCGGACGCAUGGGCUGUCAGGAUUAUUUGCAGGUGUCUUCCCUCGAAUGGCAGCCAUCAGCCUGGGAGGUUUCAUCUUUCUUGGUGCUUACGAGCAGACCCGCAGCUUGUUGUUGGAAUCCGGCAGAGAGAGGCCCUGAAGCAGGGACGGUGCCCCCUGCUCGGCUCUCAAGAAAAAGGAUGCCAUGGGAGCAGCGGUGUGGUCCUCUGCCCC